AAUAAAAAAAACAACCUGAGCAUUUUGCUGGAAUAAAAGGGCGCCAUUCGUUUGAAAGAAGCUUUCACUCUCUGUUCCCCUACCAUUCUCUUUCUCUCUUUCUGUGUAUCGAUUUUUCCCAGCACGCUAUUUUUCAAUUUUGUUUUUUCUUUCUAUAUGUACAAUAGCUAAUUCUUCUAGUGGCUUAAUUUUCUAUACAGAUUAGGGCUAGGGUUUUAUCUUUUUCUUAUUUUUGUUUCAGCUUGUUAUAAGCUUGUAAUUGUAAAAUCCUUGUAUUGUCAUUCUCUUUUUUUAUUUUAAUAAAUUGUAUGGGUUUCAAUUUUGAUGGUCUCUGCCAUGUAAUAGAUAGUAGAUUGGGGAUUUGGAGGUGUUAGGGUUUUUUUUUUUUGGUACUCUAAUGGAAAUGGAGAAUACUCGUAGAUCCUUCGAUAGAUCAAGAGAACCGGGCUUGAAGAAGCCUCGACUGGCUGAGGAGCAAACAAACAUUGACGCUCGCCCUUUCCCUCAGAGUCGGAGGCCAGCUACAGCAGUGCCAGCACCGUCUUCUGCUGCGAGGUAUAGGGAUACCAGUGAUAGAGAAUCGGGGAGCAAUAAUUCGAGCCGUACCGGUGCGUACCAGCCACAACCACAGCAAUAUCAGGAGCUCGUGAGCCGGUACAAGGCAGCUCUGUCAGAGCUCACUUUCAAUUCAAAGCCGAUAAUCAGUAACUUGACUAUAAUUGCUGGCGAGAAUCUCCAUGCAGCGAAGGCGAUUGCUGCUACUGUCUGCGCUAACAUCCUUGAGGUUCCCAGUGAACAAAAGCUGCCAUCACUGUAUCUUUUAGAUUGCAUUGUAAAGAACAUUGGGAGAGAUUACAUUAAAUACUUUGCUGCCAGACUACCUCAGGUAUUCUGCAAGGUGUAUAGACAGGUAGAUCCUUCUGUGCAUUUGAGUAUGCGACAUCUUUUUGGAACUUGGAAAGGAGUGUUCCCUCCUCUGUCACUUCAGAUGAUUGAGAAGGAACUUGGCUUUGCUUCUGCAGCAAAUGGUUCAUCUUCUGGUACUGCAACAUCUAGGCCUGAUUCACAGUCAAGGCACCCACAACAUAGCAUUCAUGUUAACCCCAAGUAUUUGGAAAUACAGAGUCUUCAGCAAUCAGGCAGGGCAAAAGGACUUGCUAAUGACUUGACUGUUCCUAUAACCAACUCAACUGAGGAUGCGGAAAGUCUGGAAAGACCGGAAAGAGUAGCUGGUAUUGGUCCUGGACGCUCAUUGGUAGAUCCUCCUGUUAAAAUACAUAACAUUCAACGUUUUCAUAGAGAAACACCAAAUGAACCUGUUCAUGAGAAGAAAAUCAAUGCAAUGUAUGGAGAUCUUGAGCAUACUUCUGACAUUUCAAGGAACUCAGGCUCGGGUAUUGGAAGAAUCAGUAGAAAGGUUGCUGAACAAGGAUAUGAAAAAGCUCAGUAUGGAGCUGGCAACAGUGUCACAGAAACAAUAGUUGGCCAAACAAAUGGUUUCAGUAUGAAGCAUGGAUUUCCAAAUUUCUCAAUGAGAAAGGCUGCUAAUGUUGAUUUGCAUCGACAGCCAACACAGGGCGUUACAAGUAAAAGCAGCAGUGCUGUGUUGGAUAGCUGGAAAAACACCGAGGAAGAGGAGUUUAUGUGGAAUAUGCACUCUAGGUUAUCAGAUCAGGAUGCAGUUAAUCUUUCUAAUAAGUCCAGGAAAGAGCUUUGGACAGCUGAUGAUGCAAAGAAAAUGGAGUUUGAGAAUCAACUUAGGAAACAGGAAGAUGCACAUGAGGUUGUAUCUAGGUUUGGCAAUCCACCUGCACCUUCAUUUCCAGCGCGCUCACACCAUCAAUUGCAAAAUUCCAUGGAGCAAGACCUUUCUCGUCCUGAUUAUAAGGCACAUCAUUUGUCAGUGAAUUUGCUGCAGUCAAAUGUUCAGCUUGGCAACUUGCAAAAACUGCAGCCUGAAGACUUGCCAUCAUCAUCUCCUUCACUACCUUCUUUUCAGCGGAGCCGCCGGCAUCCUAUUUUGCAGCCACGACAAGCAGACUCCAAACGAGUUGAACCUUCUGGUCUAGUUUCCAAAAUUCUUACUCCAUCAACACUGGGAAGUUCUGCACCAGAUCAUUCAACUCCACUUAGUGCAGAAGUUUCAGGCGAGUCAAGCACGAGUAGUUUGUUGGCUGCCGUUAUGAGUAGUGGAAUUCUCUCCAAUAUAACCACUGUUGGCUUCACUAACAAAAGUUCUCAGGAUAACGGGCAAAAUCCAGUUGACUCGAAAAUUCAUCCUCCUCUUCCAAGUGGAGCUUCUCCUUCCCAAAUUACAUCUUCUUGGCCAAGGAUUACAUCCCCAUCAGGUCCUCUGUCACUUGAUGUCACAUCAGUCACCUCAAAUAUUUCUCAGAGGAAAGUAGAGCAGCCUCCUGGUUCUCCACCUUCAUCUGUUCAAACUUCAAGUGCAGUGAAUAAGGUAGAUGAUCCAAUAUCAAACCUUUUGAGCUCAUUAAUUGCCAAGGGUUUGAUAUCAGCAUCGAAGUCGGAGACAUCAUCUUCCUUACCUCCUCAUAUGCCUACUCAAUCAGAGUCAAAGAACCCAAGCAUUACCAACUCUAGCAACACAUCAACUUCUCUUCCAGUUUCCUCUGUCAUUCCCCAUUCAUCCACCGAUGAUGAAGUUUUAUUGCCUGUGCCUGAUGCUAUAAAGUCUGUUGUGUUGCCCCAAUCCACUUCAGCAGAGAUAAGAACUCUUAUAGGAUUGGAGUUCAAAUCAGAUAUAAUUCGAGUAUUACAUCCUCUUGUGAUUUGUUCACUCUUUGAUGAUCUUCUGCAUCAAUGCAGCGUAUGUGGACUAAAACUCAAGCUUAAAGAAAGGCUUGAUAGGCACUUGGAGUGGUACACUUGGAGGAAGUCAGAACCAGAUGGUAGAAAUAAGGUUACAAGGAGAUGGUAUGCAUGUUCAGGGGACUGGGUUACUGGAAAAACAGAGCUACCACUUAGAAUUGAGUCUUCUGUUUUCACUGAUGAGUUGGUGAGGACAAUGGAUGAGAAUGAACCUAUGGUUCCUGCAGACGGAGAUCAAUGUCUAUGUGUUUUGUGUGGUGAGCUGUUUGAAGAUUACUAUAGUCAUGAAAGGAAGAAAUGGAUGUUUAAAGCAGCAAUGCACUUGUCACUUACCUUGAGGGAUGGCAGGAUAGGAACUACUAGUGAGAAUGUUGAGGGUCCCAUUGUGCAUGUGAACUGUAUAUCAGAAAGUUCAGUUUAUGAUUUACGACUUGCUAGUGAUAAUGAAAUGCGGGUCUGCAUUCUGCACUCAAUACCAUCAUCCGAUGUCAGCAACAAAAGGCAAACAGUUUCUCAUUCAGCUUUGCAAUUCGCUUUGAUCAAAUUACUAGAAUAUGAAUGAAGCUGCUGCCUUAUAUUCUAUUUUCUUGUUUCUUUUACCAUUCCCUUUUGUAAAUCCGGUAUGGCUAUUUACUGCAUUAUUUACUGCAUCAUUUCUUCUAUGGGUCGCUUGAGACAAUAAUGUGGUAUGCAUUUUUUCUCUAUGAAAAUUGCUUUGUCCUUACCUGCCUCUUGGUGUAAUUUUUUUCCCUGAACAUUAGAAUUGUUUCUGGGUAUUGUUCUAUUGAUCUGGGUUUUUUAAACCGUUUGAAUUUAAUAUUCAACUUGGACAAAAAGAACAGGAUGAUUAGCUUUGAAUCUGAUCACAAGGCAAUUGAAUUUAGAACUCUAUGGGCAUAAAAGAUCCUUUUGGGUUCUGUGCGGAAGUCCAACAAACAAUUCUGAAUUGAAGAUGAAUUGAUAGAAUGGUCCCACCGUGGGGACAAAUCAAUCGAUCAAAUCAUGAACCCUUUUGAGUGUUGAAACUUGGAAGGGUCGUCUGAUAUUGAUUAGAAAUUAGGGUGGGCAAAAAUAAGGUCGGCUUUCUAAAUUGCUUUCAAUCUGUCAAGAAUUUGGAUUUACUCGUGGAACUUCUGUAAAGUGCACAUCAGGAAGAAAAAAGUGGAGGGGGUUUGAAGUUUUUCACACCAUUGAUCAUUUUCAGAUGUUGCUAUUACACAAAAAUACAUGUUGAUUAUGGAAUUCACAUGUGUCCAUGUGAUGAUUUCAGGAAAGAUUUUUCGUGUGUUUUUGAAGAGUUUGAUAUAUAUAUUUUUAAUUUUAUAUAGGAUAC